UUUAGCAUUCACUUGUGUAUUUGAUACCGGACGUACAGGAGGGUCUUAUUUGUUUAUUAAAAAAACAAGGUUCUAUUAAAUAAAUAAAAAUGUGUGACGAAGAUGUUGCAGCUUUGGUUGUAGACAAUGGAUCCGGUAUGUGCAAGGCUGGCUUCGCCGGCGACGACGCCCCGAGAGCCGUGUUUCCCUCGAUUGUCGGCAGACCCAGGCAUCAGGGUGUGAUGGUUGGUAUGGGACAAAAAGACAGCUAUGUCGGCGAUGAAGCACAGAGCAAGAGAGGUAUUCUAACUCUGAAAUACCCAAUCGAACACGGUAUCGUCACCAACUGGGACGACAUGGAGAAAAUCUGGCAUCAUACUUUCUACAAUGAACUCCGUGUUGCCCCAGAGGAACACCCCGUACUUCUCACCGAAGCCCCUCUCAAUCCUAAGGCAAAUAGAGAAAAGAUGACCCAAAUCAUGUUUGAGACCUUCAAUUCACCAGCCAUGUACGUAGCUAUCCAAGCUGUCCUGUCACUUUACGCUUCCGGUCGUACCACUGGUAUUGUGAUGGACUCUGGAGAUGGAGUAUCGCACACUGUACCUAUCUAUGAAGGUUACGCACUUCCUCACGCCAUUUUGAGAUUGGACUUGGCCGGAAGAGAUCUGACAGACUAUCUUAUGAAGAUUCUCACAGAACGUGGUUAUUCUUUCACCACGACAGCCGAAAGAGAAAUCGUAAGAGAUAUUAAAGAAAAAUUAUGUUAUGUUGCUCUCGACUUUGAACAGGAAAUGCAAACUGCUGCCUCAUCUAGCAGUCUUGAGAAGAGCUACGAACUCCCCGACGGUCAAGUCAUCACCAUUGGCAACGAACGUUUCCGGUGUCCAGAAGCUAUGUUCCAGCCAUCUUUCCUUGGUAUGGAAUCCGCAGGUAUCCAUGAAACUACAUACAACAGUAUUAUGAAGUGUGACGUUGACAUCCGUAAAGAUCUUUAUGCCAACACUGUGUUGUCAGGUGGUUCAACUAUGUUCCCAGGAAUUGCCGACCGUAUGCAGAAAGAAAUCACUGCUUUGUCUCCACCAACGAUGAAGAUCAAAAUCAUUGCUCCACCAGAGAGGAAAUACUCUGUAUGGAUCGGUGGUUCUAUUUUAGCCUCACUUUCAACUUUCCAACAGAUGUGGAUCAGCAAACAGGAAUACGACGAAGCUGGGCCGUCCAUUGUACACAGAAAAUGUUUCUAGAUAAACAAUUAUACCAAUUAACUAAAUUACUCCUUCAACUAGUGCAAUUAUAAUUAUGUGCGUUAUUGUUGUUACAUUUUUGAUACGCAUACAUUUCGUUUAAUAAAUGAAUAAAUUCUUGUAUUUCAUUGA